GAAAGGCAGAGUUUCAACAUGAGGUCCUCCUUUACUGUCUUGCUAUCUGCUAUGCAACACUGAUGUAUACUGCACUGUUGCUUGAGCACGUAUUCACACCACCCAUCAUACCCCACUCUGAUCGGUCUGCAAGAUGAACGCACCUUACCCUCCGCCUCAUCUUCAACCCCAUGUUUCCAACCAGCCAACCAUGGGAGCCCAUCGUCCAACACCGCAGAUAUCCGUAUCCAGCCCAUACAACCCCCCACUGAGCCAAUGGUCCAUGAAGAAAGGAAAACACUCCUCCUGGACCGACGUGCCCGCCCAGCAGCACCAAGUCUCCAUCGCGAGCAUAAAAAAGGAGCUAGACCGCAUGCAGCGGACCAUGAAGAACGGCUCCGUCCAGCGCACCUACAACGACAUAACCUCGGAAAACGCACGCAUCAACCUCUCCCGCCUCGUCCAUGACCAGAACCUCCAGCUAUGGCAACACGAUCCUACCAUCCAAUGGGCGAUCGCCGGACUCGAGCUCGGGUGGAAACAAAUCAAUCGUCGGAUGAAGCAGCUCGUCAGCAUCGAUUUCGUGCUUCAGAUUGAGCCUCGACUGUUCGCAAGUCCCAAUCCAAAUGGGAAGGAGCACACGGGGAUGCCCGUCGGAAUGGACGAGUCUUUCCGGAUUGAUAACCAUCGUGGUUUUGGACGGGAGACCGAGUUCCGGCCGCAGCCUGGUCAGAGACACAAUCACGGGUUGGGUGGUCAUGUUGGCCCUUAUGGGGGGCCUGAAGUACACCACCAUCACCCUCAUGCUCACCUGGCCGGUCACAACCAAGCUCAGGUCUUUAUGCGUAGUUCGGCGCAAGUCCCGCUCCCUCCGCCGCCACCACCUCCGCCACCACCACCACCGCAGAAUAUGCAGCCUACUGGACCUCAUGGGUCAGCUGGCAUCAUGCAUGCAGCCCCACUAGCACCACCACCUCUUCCUCCUCCUCCUCCUCCUCCUCCACCGCCUCAACCAUCACGCGGGAAUCAGACAAAUGAGCCACAUUAUUCACAAGGAGCGUCUCAUGGCAGAGGCCAUUCGGCUGGUGGGCAUGGUGGACGAGCAGAGCCCGUCGAGAUCAUCGACGAAAGAAGCUUGAAACACCAAAAAGCGCAUAAGGCCAACAAGUCGAAGAGUCUAUCUUUGCCUGGAAAAUACCAAUCAGAUUCAGACAGCGACUCCAACAGCGACUCAAAGGCCUCGAGCAGUCACUCCUUUAGCGCAACAUCGAUUGAAGAAGAUGUCUUGAACAUCGUCCGAGGAAGGUCAAGAAGUGCUAGCAGACAUCGGAGCAAGAGUAAGGAACGGAACAAGCAAAGGAGCCGUAGCCGUGGAGGAGUCGAUAAGAUGUAUAAAACCAAGGCCUCCCACGCAAGAACCAGGUCUACAUUCGGCCCACCGCCCAUGGGCCCACAUAGCGGGAGAUCCAGCAAGGAACAUUCGCCAAAAUCGUCCAGCAGCAGCCUCCCCAAACAACAGAUCCACAUCGAGGUCAAUACUGCACCCAUGAGCGGAGGUGAAGGUAGCCGAGAGAGGCAUUCACCUCGUGCGGCUAGUCGAAUGCCUCACGAUGACCCACCGCACGUCUACGACAGCAUUCAUCACCGCGAAAGGAUCGUCGAGCGUGGCUUCAACCACGUAAAGCCCACGCAUCGGAGAUCGCUUCCAAUAUCCCCUCGUCAAACACCUACCUUCGUCGUAGAGAAAUUCCCUCCGCAUCCAAUAUCAAGGACGUCCUCAGCAGACCGCGGUAGCGACACCGUCAGUUACUACGACUCGUCCUCCUCCAUCCGGUCCCCCUCCGACAGCGUCUUCUCAGAGCCAACGCAUCGGCGAAACCGCCGUACCCGUUACAACGCCCAUCACUCCCAGAAGAAACACACUGAUUACUUCCAUGACAAACCUUACCCAAUUACGCGAUAUCGCACCAGACACCACUCACUCGACGUCGAUGACUACCCACCCAUCCCCUUCCCCCUCCAUCGCCGCAACAGCUCAGCGCACCGCCAUCUAGAUACCUUCCCUGAUACCGAGUCCGUCGCUACAUGGCCUCCACGCACCCACCACAGUACCGCUACUACAUACACACCCAAUCCCUUGGACGCCCGCCACUAUCUUCCUCCUCACCGCCCCUUUGGGUCUUACGCCCAGCGCUACCAUGCAAACCCGAAAGCUCCUCCCGAUUCUCGGCCCGGCCGCUCAGAUCCGUACAAUAUGCAAGACAUCCUUCAGGCGGGGCUUGAGGCGCUCCGCGAGAGGAAGAGUGCGGAUGCGUAUGAGUUUGCAAUGCGUGGCCAGCAGCAGAGACGUGGUUUCGGGAGGGAUCAGAGGGUGGAUAGUUGGGGGGACGGGUAUUUGUAGGGAGGGAGAUGGGGUUGGUGGGUAAGAGGGUGGUGGCUUUUUGUGGGGGUUAUGAUGGGGGGUGUUAUUUGUGAGGGUAUGGUCUUAAUUUCGUGUUGUUUUUUUGUAUGAAGCGUGCUUUGCGAAGAGGUCGUUGGGCCGGUGGGAUUUAUGCGGGCUGUGUUCUGGCGUCAUGGAAUAGGGGUUUGGAAUUACUGGCUAGUGAUGGCUGGGUGGGAAGCUUCAGGUAGUUGGUUACUUGAAUUGUAUAUAUGCGGCGCGUGCUGGAGCGUCCCAUCGUCGCCCCUGUUGUAAACACGUAAAACCGAUUACCG